GCGAAAUGAAUUUGAAAAAAAGAAGAAAAACAAAGCGUACUCACUCCCGAAGAAAAACACGCCAAACGUUUUUUCAAAUAAGACGCUAAGGGGAUGUCGAAGGCAUCGAUGCUCAAGCACCUCCAGGAGCAGUUGAAGAAACAUUUCACGAUCGAGGGAACGCGGGGGAAGAAUGUGGGAAAGGGAUCGAAGUAUUGGAGGUGCAACUACUGCGACCUGCGGUUGGUUGGGACUGCCAUGAGGCUCCGGGAUCACUUCUUGGACAGGUGCACCCUUGAUAACGUAACUGUCCAGUUGUCAGUGGAGGAGAGGGCGAGGAGGGAAGCUGGAAUGUUGGACGGGAAGUGCCUUGCUCGCAUGUUGAUGCAGAUCGAGGCUGGAGGUGCUGGGCCCAGCAACAUGCCGACCGCUUCAAGUCAUGCACUGGAGUUUCCGAGCUCUCAGGUCGUUGGUGCAAGCAUUACCGGCGAGACGGCCACACCUCAGUCCACUGGGGGCACCGCUCUUGGAUCGAAGCCAAGUUCGGGCAAGCCGCUGAGGCAGACAGUGAUCGAGAAGGCCGACAAUGUGCUUGGUGGAGGACGUGUUCUUCCUCGAGUUCCUUCAGGCCGUGAGGACGGCCCAUCCAACAUGGAUGCCUUGCUGAAGGGACGAGCAAAGGACAAAGCGCUUGGACGCAGAGUAUGCGCCGGUAGGGGCGGAGGUCCAUGCAAUGAUAGUGAAAUGGAAGAAGAUGGGGUGUAUGUUGCAAAUGGACGGUUGGUCGGACCGCCACAACAAACCACAUUUGAAUGUCAUGGUGUCCUCGCCCGUCGGUACAGUAUUCUGGAAGUCCGUCUGCAUAGAGGGCAAGGAGAAGGAUUCGGCAACUUAUUUUCGGGUGCUAGACAACGUCAUCAAGGAAAUUGGAGCGGAUGCGGUCGUUGGUGUAGUCAUGGACAACGCAAGGGUGUGCGUGAAGGCAAGGAAGAUGUGGAGUCCGCCUAUCCGACCAUCUUCCGCGUCGGUUAUACGGCGCUUGCGCUGGACCUUGCGCUGGAGGACAUGUACAAGGAAAUGCCUUCGAUGGCGCAGGUGGUCGAUGCUGGCAACAAGGUCGGACGUUUCUUCUCUAAUGUGGACAAGGCAAGGGCUUUGUUCCACCAUUACUCCCCAAAGACAAAGCUGAAGUGUCCAGCGGCAACCAGAUUUGCAACGAACUUCGAGAUGCUGCAGUCGCUCAAGGAAUUGCGGAAAGUUAUUGACCGUUGUGUGUGCGACACGGGUUGGGUGGACAAGAUGGUGCGGAAUGACCAGUUGGUGGCAUUCCGCGAUGUAACAGCAAUCGUCCUUGAAAAGGGCGACUUCCGGAGGAAUUUGCAGAAGGCGCUUGAUGUCAUGCGGUGGUGGAGCUGCUCCGUUUGGUGGAUGGGCAAGGAGCAACCAUCUCGAAGAAAGGAGGAGUGGUAUGUGCACUGGUUGGAUCGGGUCCAUGAUGAUGUCGAUCAUGAGGAGGUUGUGGAGGUGGACUGCGAUGAUGAGGGAGACGAGAUCCCAAUGCGGCGGACUUUCAUGCGGAAUGACGAAGUUGAUGACAAGCUGGUCGAGGAGGAGGAGACUCUACUUGUCGGUACAAGGCAGCACGAUUGGCACGAGUGCACGAAGCCUGGGAAGCACCGUGAGCAAGAGUUGCGAAGGAGAUCUGGUUGCCAGCUGCUUGUGACUGGAGAGUUGUACACAGAGGAGGGUUACGCUCUCGCAAUGGAAGCGUGACAAGCAGGCACUUGGGUACAGGGGCGGGAUGAGGCGCGAAUAAAGAGGAGAUGGAAAGAUAAGGGCAAACAAACGGUGGAGCAUGAU